AUGUUAUGUUUACCAUCAUCAAUAUUAUUUUUACUAUGCAAGGACCCAAAUCAGGUCACGGCCGACGAUUUCUUCUUUUCGGGCCUCAACAGGCCUGGGAACACAUCUAAUCCUCUUGGAUCAAGAGUCACGCCUGUCAAUGUGAACCAACUCCCGGGCCUAAACACGCUCGGCAUCUCUCUGGUCCGGAUUGACUAUGCACCAAACGGUCUCAACCCGCCACACACACACCCUCGUGCGACCGAGAUUCUUGUGGUCGUGCAAGGCACUCUAUAUGUUGGGUUCGUCACCUCAAACCCGGCGGACCCAAACCAAAGGAACAAGCUCUUCACAAAGACCCUAAAUCCAGGGGACGUUUUCGUCUUUCCGGAAGGUCUCAUCCAUUUUCAGUUCAAUAGCGGGAGGAGUAAUGCGACUUACGCUGCACGUAUGGAUCCCUCCAAGGAGAAUAAAGAUGCUCGUCCCAAGCACCAAGUAGAAACAAAAACAGAGACUGACAGCUCGAAUUACCAGCAAUGA